AUGGCGUUCGCUGCAAAUCCGUUAGCUCUCAGCGUUCCCGAUCCUACCUUCGAAUCCUGGCUCCGAGACAGCGGUUACCUAGAGGUUCUUGACCAACGAACCUCCGACCUCCAUCGUAUCUCAUCCACCGCCGCCGCCACCACCGCCGCCGAUUCCGACUCUGCAACCGCCGAUCCGCCCUCCGUUUCCGUCGCUGCCGCCGUCAGUAGCGGAUUUUUGCUGUCGGUUGUGUUAUCCUACAUCGGAAUCUUACUUUCUCUAUUAACACUAAAUCCAUUCUCAAAGCUCACAAAUGAAGACUUCUCUGGCGAUACUCCGUCAUGGACGCUAGGGUUCUUUGGUUACUCCGGCUCUUAUUCAUUUCCUUCGUCUCGUUCACAAGCUCGUAUGAGAGUCACUGAGAACGUCAAGCGAUAUUGCCGCAAUUACGCCAGUCUCUUCAUCCUCUUCUUUGCGUGCUCUCUGUAUCAGAUACCGAUUGCUCUUGUUGGUUUGGUAUCGAGCUUGGCACUGUGGGAUCUGUUUGCGUACUAUGGCCAUCGUUGGGGUUUAGACAAUCAUCCUGUUACUCGAGAAUGCUUGCUUCGCCUAUUACAAUGUGCAACUGCAGUUAUUAUAUUUGUGUGCAAUGUUCAAAUGGCACUGCUAUGCACCAUCGGAGUUAGUUAUGCAGUAAUGAUGUUGCAUGCCUCAUUCCGGAAGCUGACACCUGUCAAGCAAACUGUAAAAGGGAAACAGAAAUAGAAAUAUUCGCGAAGAAGGUACAAAGGCAUCGUAUUUAAGCACAUAUUUUGUGAUCCAUAGCCAGGGCGAGGGGUGAACCAUUGGUUCAAAUAUGCAAGAAUCAUCAUAUGAUAUCUAAGCACAUAUAUUGAAACUUGAUUAAUUUUGAUAACACAGAUUUAACCAAUGAUUUCAUGAUCUGAGAUGAGUUCUCAAAUCGACUUUUUGAUUGUAAUUUUGUAUAAAUUAUACAAGUUUGAUAAUUCUUUAGCGUUCUUUGUCUAUUUGUUUGGACUUGGGGACUCGCGGCACAGGUUCAAAUGGAAGCCGUGAAUAUUUUGAGAACCUAGGAACCGAUUAUUCAUUAUGAAUAUUGUGAUGGAUGUUGAUGAUGAAUAGUGAAAAUGUGACAUUUGAGGU